GCCAUUUUUCUUCCUUCUUUUCCCAUGCGCCGGAGCAGACAAAAGGCCAAAAAAAAGAAACAAUUCUUUUUCCAUGUCUGGUUUUCACCCUUUUACACGGCAUACACCACACAUGACGCAAACCACAAAACCAAUAUUGUACAUAUUUGGGAUGAACAAAAAUAGCACAAGUGAAAAAGAUUUGGUCAAAAAAUUUUACCUUUUUCCAAAGGAAGGAAUGACCCAUUCCUAACAAACUCUGCAAUGUUGUGUGUCUUGCUAAUCUGCAGGGCCAAUGGGGAUUAAGCUCUUCAGUCUUUCAUAUAGUCUUCUGCCACCCAUUCAAGUUGGUUGACAGCCAGGACCCUUCUCAGUGAAUUUAUUGAAAGGAGUCAAGGAGGAAGUUGAGUACAUCAGAGAUGAACUGGAAAGAAUGAUAGCUUUCCUUGGAGUAGCGGAUUCCAUGGAAGAGAAAGAUGCAGAACUCAAAGUGUGGGUUAAGCAAGUACGAGAUGCAGCCUAUGACAUUGAAGAAACUCUUGAUCAGUUUGUUCUCCAUCAGACUAAUAUUUGUGCUCAAUAUGGACCCUUCAAUUUCCUUGUCAGAUUAUGUCUUAAAAUCAGUAAAUUGCGAGCUCGCUUGGCUAUUGCUUCUAAAGUUCAAAGCCUCAAAUCAAGAGUAAGCAAUAUUUCUGAGAGACAUCAACGAUAUUGUUUCAAGUUUAAUGUCCCGGACCAAGGUUCGAGCUUGACACCUGCCAACAGCUUUGCAACUGAUUGUAGAGGCGAUGCACUUCUACUUGAAGAAUGUGAGCUUGUUGGCAUUGAUGGCCGCAAAAGACAAGUAAUUGGGUGGCUUUUGGAGGUGGGUUCCGGACUCAAAGUUGUUUCGAUAGUUGGGAUGGGAGGACUGGGGAAGUCCACUUUGGCUAAGAAAGUUUAUGAUGAUGCAGCAGUGAGGAAACAUUUCCACAGCCACGCUUGGAUAACUGUCUCUGAGUCUUUCAAGAUCGAGGACGUUCUCAAGGACUUAGUUCAACAGCUCUUUGAUGAAGUAAAGCAGCCGCUUCCUGAAGGACUGAAUACCAUGAAUGCUAUUAGGCUGAAAGAAGUAGCAAAAGAAUUCCUGCUUGGGAGAAGGUACAUAGUUGUCUUUGAUGAUGUGUGGGCUAUCGCAGUUUGGCAAUCUAUUCAGCUUGCAUUGCCUAAUAAAAAUGAUGGAAGCCGUGUGAUUCUAACUACUAGAAUCAAUGAUGUGGGUUCCUAUUCUGUCCUAGAAUCCAAUGGGUAUAAGUAUGAGCUCAAGCCUCUGACAGAGGAAGAGUCCUGGACUCUGUUUUCUCGUAAAACAUUUCAAGGGAGUGCUUGCCCCUCACACUUGGAAGAAAUUUCGGAAAACAUCUUAAAAAAAUGUGGGGGAUUGCCGCUGGCAAUUGUAGCCAUUUCUGGGGUCUUGACUUCAAAGAACAAGAAUAAUAUUGAGGAGUGGCAGGUGUUCAACCGCCACCUUGGCUUUGAAUUGGAAGCAAACUACAGACUCGAGAGUAUCAGAGUCAUUUUGCAGAUUAGUUUCAAAGAGCUCCCUUUCUAUCUAAAGCCAUGCCUUCUGUAUAUGAGCAUCUUUCCGGAGAAUCAUUUGAUUGAGCACAACACACUGAUCCGGCUGUGGAUAGCAGAAGGUUUUGUGAAAGAGAGAGAGGGGAGGACACUAGAAGAAGUUGCAGAAGGCUAUCUUAAUGAACUCAUCAACAGAAGCUUGAUCCAUGCCAUCCAAAGCAAUGAUGAUGGAAGCCUCAAGUUAGGCCACAUCCACGACUUCUAUCGGGAGAUUGCUGUUUCAAAAUCUCGAGAUCAUAAUUUUGUGUCAACUGUCAAUGAACAUAUCACUACAUGGCCAAAUAAAGUUCGGUGCCUAUCAGUUCAUGGCACUUUUGGAGGUGUACAGAAUAAAAGGUAUGUUGCCAGACUCCGGUCUUUGCUUACAUUUGAUGUAAUAGAUAGCCAGUCGACAUCUUGUGCAGUCCAGUUGCUCAGUAGCUGCAAGAUGGUGAGAGUUUUAGAUCUGAGAGGAGUUCCUCUAGAAAUUUUUCCGAAAGAAAUUCUGAAACUGCUUCAUCUAAGAUACUUGAGCUUGAGAAGUACCAGAAUAAAGAUGAUUCCCAGAUCUAUCAAGAAUCUCCAAAAUCUUGAGAUCUUGGAUCUUAAACAGACUUUGGUUACUGAGUUGCCUGUCGAGAUUCUCAAACUUCAAUUCAUUCGCCAACUUUUAGUGUAUUACCAUGGGCAGUACUCAUAUCCAUCUUUUGAGCCAUUUGAACACUUGCACGGUUUUAAGGCACCAGUGGGAAUAGGAGGCUUGUCUCGCUUACAGAAACUCAGCUUCGUUGAGUUAAACCAUGGCAGCGGUAUUAUAAGAGAAAUAGGGAUGAUGACUGAUCUGAGGAGACUUAGCAUUACAAAGUUGAGAAGGGAAGACAGUGAAACAUUGUGUUCCAGUAUUGAAAAGCUCCAAAAGCUCCGCUCGUUAAGCAUAAGAUCACUGGAAGGAUGCGAAAUCCUUGAUCUAAGCUUCAUGUCUUCUCCUCCACGCUUUCUUCAGCGGCUAUAUCUGAAGGGCUGCUUACAAAAGGUGCCACAUUGGGUACAGACUCUUCAAGGCCUGGUAAAAGUAUAUUUCCAGUGGAGCCAAUUAAUGGAGAAUCCGCUAGAAUAUCUCCAAGACUUACCAAACCUUGUACACAUCGAGUUUCUCAGGUGUUAUGUUGGAGAGACGCUUUGUUUCAAGGGUGGGAAAUUCGAGAAGCUGAGACUGUUAGAUCUCGACAGAUUGGAAGGCCUAAGAUCUGUAACAAUGGAGGUAGGUUCAGUUCCUCUUCUUGAGAAGCUAGUCAUUAGAAGAUGUAACUCUCUGGAGAGAGUGCCUGCUGGAAUCGAACGCGUGGUAAACAUGAAGUUCCUUGAGUUCAUAGACAUGCCAGAAGACUUUGUAGAGAUAUUUCUUCCUGAUCGACAGGGCUUAGAUCACUGCAGAAUUGCACACAUUCCCGAGGUUUAUUACGCGUAUUGGAAGGAAGGUCGAUGGAUGGUUUACUCACUCGAGGAUACACUGGUGAAGGAAGACUGCAACAAAUCUGCCAUGAACACAUAUGAACAAAGGAAAUGGCUCUAGCUAGUAAUUGAUGGCUAUUGCAAUGUUCUUUGAUUUUGCUUUUGAAAUUAAGCUUAUAGUAAUAUAGUCUCACUUCAUUUAAUUUGAGUUUGAUAUAUCUUUUCGCUUCUUAUAUAUAGUAGUGUUUAAUCUAAGAAAUUUGUUGCUCAAAGAGGAAUCUUGUACUUUUGGUGUAGAGAUUGCA